UUCCAAAAACCACUUUCCAUUCACUUGUUGACACACAUUCCCUCUUAUUAGUUUUUCAAGUUCAUCUCUCUUUUUUUUAACAUCCUCCAGUCGUGUCUGGGCUUUCAGCGGCCCUGCUGUGCGCUCGGAUCCGCCCAGAGCGCACCCUGCAGACGCAGCGUCCUUUGAACCUGAGACCCCCCAACGGGGAGUCAGCGCCGUUUACCUCACAUUGAAAAUAAACACCUUGGUUUGCUUAUACGAGCUGGGACGUCCUGCUGGUUCAUCAUCGGGGUCUGAUUGUUUUUCACCACUAUCCCUGCUCCCAUUUCAACAGUUUUCUAAACCCAGAAAAUGUGCUUAAAAAGCAAAGAAUUGGCAGAAAGAUAUAUUUUACAGAGCUGUAAUGUAAUAUCAAAUUCGAUUUAAAAUUAAUGGAAUGUUUAAAAAAAAAAACAAAAGAAAGAAAAAAAAAGUUUUUAGCGCCGCCCCUCUUUAAAGAAGAUUUAAGCUCCAUCCUGUUAAUAAAACCAGAAGUAGUAGGCUCUAAACUAGGCUAUUAAGUUACAUACUUCCCCAUCCAAUCAGAGCACUCCCCAAAAUCCUCCUGCCCGCACCCCAGUAUAAGAGCUCGGGUCAUCCCAGUCUGGCAGACACCUCUUCCUCUCUGUGGCGCACGAAAUAUUUAAAGUCUACACCUAAAUGCAGGCCACCACACAUCAUACUUGUUGAUGUUAUAACUGUAUCUUUGGAUCGGAGGGUGAUGCGGGAAGAGAACUCCUCCCCGAUGGACAGCGCUGGCAACAGCGAGGAGGAGACCGAGCGCCAGCUGCCGCGCAGGGGCGCACGGAAAAGGCGGACGGCGCGCCGGAGCGCGGAGGAAGACGACGAGGCGGACGUGGAGCGCAGUCCCUGUCCGGGCAAGAAAAAGUGCAGGAAAAGUAGUGAGGGGGGAGGUGGGAGCGCGGAGAGCGGCGGCAGCGAGGCCAGCAGCAGCGGCAGCCCCGCGGGCUCCUUCGACGACCUGCAGACGCAGCGCGUCAUGGCCAACAUCCGCGAGCGGCAGCGUACGCAGUCGCUCAACGAGGCGUUCACGUCGCUGCGGAAGAUCAUCCCCACCCUCCCAUCGGACAAACUCAGCAAGAUCCAGACGCUGAAGCUCGCCGCGCGCUACAUCGACUUCCUGUGCCAAGUUUUACAGAGCGACGAGCUGGAUGCGCGGGGGACGAGCUGCAGCUACGUGGCGCACGAGCGCCUGAGUUACGCCUUCUCAGUCUGGAGAAUGGGGGGCGCGUGGUCCUUGUCUACUACAUCCCACUAACUGGAUCAUCCUGCUGGAGAAGGGACAGCAUGGGUAAGCACAGAUUAUGCUGACUGGACAGCCAGCGGAUAAGGACAAAAAGGCCAAACUGAGGCCGGCUCAGCCUUGGUUCUUCAAGGCCUUUUCCUAUAAUUCCCCUUGCGUGGACCGUGAUGUUUGCAAGGGAGCACUUACAGUAAGAAGUGACAUGAAGGGCAUGACGGAACCAAGACCACUGCGACUAUGAAUGUUGUAAAAAAAAAAAAAAAACAAGCUCUGGUAAAGUGCUCUGUUUGGAAAAAUGAGAGCCAAACGACAAUCCACUCCACAUUCCUUGUGACAGACUUUCACAGAAAAUGAAGUAUUUAUUUUUCUAUGCAGAUAUGCAACUCUUUUCCUCUCUCUGAAAUAAAAGUUAUUUAUUUUUUUGGAAACAUUGUGUGUGUUGCAUACGCUUUUAAUGAGAUAAAUAAAAAAAUUGAAAUGUC